AUGCUCAACCAGAUCAGAACCCCGGGUCCAGCAGAUAUCUUCAUCUCUUGGACAAAACAAUGGCCAGAAGCGCCAUUUGUGCGGUACUCGUCCAUGCUCAACGCUGAGACUCUCAUGGUCAACAACCUGGCGGCUUUCAAGGAGGUCCAACAGACAAAGGCAUUCUCGUUCCGAAAGUCACAGCUGGCGGCUCGCAUGUUUUCUCCCAUCACAGGCCAUGGACUCAUGUUCUCUGAGGGUGAGGAGAGGAAGAAGCAGCGAACCCAGUUGAAUCGUGCCUUUUCGAACCAGAAUACCCGAAAGAUGCUGCCAGUCUUCCAGCUCAAGGCCAACCAGAUGUGCGAGGCGAUCUUUCGAGACAUGGGCGGAGACGACGUUAAGCUUGUCGAUGUCGAGCCCUACAUUAGGAAAGCCACCCUUGAUGUAUUUGUCAUUGGAUCGAUUGGCUGCGAUCUCGACGGCAUCUCCAUCCCUGAGGCUCACUUCUACGACGUGUAUGAGCGCAUCAUUCGCCAGCCUCCCUCCGGUCACAUCCUCACGUUCAUCGAUGGUCAUGUCCCAGUUCGCUCUUGGCUUCCUCUCCCUAGCAACAAGAGAUGGCUCAAGGAUGUUGCUCUCAUUCGGACUAUGCUCCUCACCUGCGUUGAGAACCGCCGUGCCGAGAUGAUUGCUGAGAAGAAGCUUGGUCUCAACGAGAAGACGACUGAGCACCGCGAUAUCUUGACCUUCAUCUUGGAAGACUGCCAAUUGGACGCUACUCAGACGAACUGGACUGACUUGGAGCUUCUUGAAUACAUGCUGAACUUCAUCGCUGGAGGCCACGAAACCACUGGAUCUAUCACCAUGUGGAUUGCGCAUAUCCUUGCCACAGAGCCCGAGGUACAAGAACGCCUGAAGCAAGAGGUUCUCAGUCUCUGUGCCGGAAAGCCUAGAGACUGGAAUCCUUCAUACGAGGAGACAGAACACUUGGUCUACGUCAACAACUUCCUCAAGGAGAUGCUGCGCUUCUACUCCCCGGGUAUCUUUCUCCCUCGCGAAGCAGCAGAAGACGUCACAGUCUGCGGAAUAUUCGUCCCCAAGGGCACCCAAGUGACGCUCUGCCCGGCCGUAGCACACUUCAACCCCCUAGUAUGGGGAGAGACCGCCGACAUCUUCGACCCCGACCGCUGGUCCGAUGGCCGCGCUUCCAAGGACUCGUACGCCAUGGAGUCGUUCCUCCAGGGGCCCGCUGGCUGCAUCGCCAAAAACAUGGCGUUGUUGAAUGUGAAGAGCGUCAUAUUUACUCUGGUGCGCAACUUCAAGUUCUCACCGCGUCCCGGAUACAAUGGUGUUGUAGAACUUGCGAACCCCAACUUCACCCUUCGACCCAAGGGUAGUAUGGGUGUCACGAUGGAGAGAGAGGUGAGAUAG